CCGGCUAGGCAUGCACAUCGACUUGAUGCCUUGGUCCAGCUAUGGCUUUUGGCAGAUGGAGCUUCCGCCAGCUGCCUUACCUUGGUGGAGCUUUGCUCGGCCUGUACCUGACGUGGCCACAACAUAGAGGCGCGGUCAGGUCAGCCCCAGAGCUCACUGCUGCGGCUGACCUUAGGACCAUCGCGUCCAUCACGCAGAAGGAGUCCAAGCGCGUGCUGAAUGAAACAGGGACAUCAGUGCCAAAGGUGUCAAAGAUGACAGCAUCAUCAACCCAAUUCACCCCUGCGCGCCUUUCCUCCAAAUCGCCCAGAGCGACUCCAAAGCCGGCGACUUCAGUGUCUCGAGCGCGCGCGGAGGAGCGCUGCAUCCGAAAAGGGCAAGGCCGCAGUGGUGCAGAUAUCGAUGAGCCCAGCAAGGUGGAAAGUCCUGGAGAAUGUCAAGAGCGUUGCCAGUGCUUGGAGGGCUGUGCUUUUUUCACCUUCUGGAAGGAUGGGUCCUGCCAUGUGCAGUCCACGGAUUCGUCCCCAUUCGGGCAUGAACUGGCAUUUUCCGGGCCGCCUUUUUGCAGAGCAAACUCCUCGAAUCACGCGGAUUUGCCAUCCCCUGUGGACUUGCCUGAGUUGCAGCCAGCUCACGAUGGCAAGGUGGGUCCCAAGGUCUACCUCUACGAUCUACCUCCCCGCUUUCAGAACUGGGGACAUGGACCAGAGUGUUGGAGCGCUGACUGUGUUUUUGGUGGGCCACCAGUGAAGGUGCAAGGCGUGGAGAUCUGGGGCUCUAGCCAGUUCCACAUGCCCUUGAUGCUGCACUACCGCUUCCUGAAUUAUGCUCAGCGUACUCGGGAGGUGGAUGAUGCGGAUGUUUUUAUCAUCCCAGCUUACAACUUCAAGCCAUCCCAUGACCUUCCCUGUGCCAAUAGCAGUGACCUCUUUGACACACUGGCCGAGCUAAAUCCUCGACUGAAGGAGGAGCAAUGGGCAAAGGCCAAAGUCCCUCGACAUCUACUGAUGGAUGCACGAGGAUGGGAGACAUGCAAUUACAUGUGGGAGCUGCACAUGCCUUUCCGUUUGGCACACCGCAUCAACAUUGAGCUCAACGGAUUGCUGGAGGACGGCCCAGAGGGCUGGACCUACAACAAGCCUUUCAUUUGGUAUCAAUUUCCCUAUCCUGCCGUCUACCAUGGUCAUGCCGAGUCCACUCCUGCCAAGCUCCGGGUGAAACUUGGAGGUAUUGACCGUUACUUAUGGUCCUUCAGUGGAACGGGUCGUGGACAAGCCGGCUUCUUGCGUCAAGCCAUCAUGAAGGAGUGCACCAUAUGCAACAGGUGUGGCAAAGUCACUCAAAUCCAGGAAGUGACUGGGGCACCACAGAAGGCCAGCAUGAUGGACUAUGCACGACUCUCCGCGAAGAAACUGCAAUCAACCUUUUGUGUGGAACCGCCUGGUGAUAGCAUCACACGAAAGAGUCUUAUCGACUCCAUUGUGCUGGGCUGCAUUCCGGUGGUGUUUCUUCAUCAGGAAUUGGACAUGUUCGAAGCUUUUGCCACGGCAGAAGAGUUUGCAGAUGCAGUGGUCUACGUACCAGAAGCUGAAGUUAUGGGUGAUGGACGAAUCUCCUUGUGGGGCACAGGCACUUUUCAUGACUCUUCCCAUCAAUGGAAGCACUUCCAGAAACUCUACCCCAAAUAUGCGGAGGUAUUUGAAGCGUUAAGACCCAAGAGGAGCUUGGAACAACGAGAGAAGCAACUGCGGAGCCUCUUCCCGAAUGCCACUUCGAUUGCAACAAUCUUGAGUGCGAUCUCCGAUGAGGAGGUCAAACGCAAGCAGAAGGCCUUGGCAAAGAUCUCCCAUCGCUUUGUCAUUGGUUUGGAUGAUUCCAGCGAAGAUGCCGUUCGAAUCUUGCUCAACCGUAUUAUCUCCGACGACACCGUGGCCCAGGAGCGCAAUGCAAAGAGCACGUUGUUUGCCUAAAGACCGCCACGACCGACACAGACCGACAAAAAGGAGAGACAAGCCGCCACAAGUGCACAUCGAUCGGACGGAGGAAGCCUGGACAGCCUGUCACCUGGACCACAUGGAACCGAGAUAAAUGCGAAGUAAACUGGAGGAGCCAAGCAUUCGAGCUGUUGACGGGUGGCCUUGAUAUUGACGGCUUUGAGAAUUUGUCAUGCCGAGAGUCUUUCUAGAUGCUCUAUUGAAGGGAUCCAUCUAAAAGUGAAGAAGAACAGCAAUCACUAGCAGUGCCGCCAGGGCUUCUGUCCGAAGCCUGGGCUGAUGUCUCAGAAGCCUGGGCUGAUCCAAACGAAAAUGCCGCGAAGGGUCGCACCAAACGCGCAGUCGUACUAAACGACCACGUUUUGUCAUUUCAUUUGAAGACAUGUUUGUCG